AUGGAAGAGGCGCCGGAGGCUCGGGAUUCUCGCACCCGGGACAGACCAAGAGACCGAGACCACCGCCCGGAGAGAAAGCGGGACCGAGAUCACGGCGCCGAGAGACCGCGGGACAGAGAUAGACGCCGGGACCGGGACAGGGACAGACCGAGGGACCCAGACCGGGACCGACGGGGGGAUCGAGAUCCGAACAGAAGGGGAGACAGAGACCGGGACCGACGGGGGGACCGAGAUCCGGACAGAAGGGGAGACAGAGACCGGGACCGGCGGGGGGACCGAGAUCCGGACAGAAGCGGGGACAGAGACCGGGACCGGCGGAAGAACGGAGACUGGGACAGGCGGGGGGACCGAAAUCCGGACAGAAGGGAGGACAGAGACCACCAUGUGGACAGACAGGACUGGGAGCACCCCCGCACGAAUGGACAAAGAGUUCGAGAAAAAUCCCGCCAAAGCAGGACUUGGGAGCAGCCCGGGGACCGAGUCCUUCCCCCCUGGGCUGCCCCGGGAGAAAUGCAAGACCCCUGGACCCAGAGGAAAGCGGGGUUCGGACGGUCAGAGAGUGACUACCCUUCUCUGCCCUAUAGCCCAAGGCCUGGAUUGGAAGAGGUGGAAUACUACCAGUCCGAGGCUGGGGGACUCUUGGAAUGCCACAAAUGCAGAUACCUGUGCACUGGGAGAGGUGUGGCACAGAUAGUGGAAGUGAUAUUGAAUGGAAUGGUUCUCAUGUGUAUUGUGGCCUCCUACUUUGUCCUGGCUGGUUUCAGCGCCAGCAUUGGGAACAACUAUUACUCUCCCUUUGAAGGGACAGAGCUGGAGCAGGUUCGACAGCUGGAUCAGCAGUAUACGGUCCUCCGAGCACCACUUGUGUAUGGUGGUUUGGCCGUCUCCCUAGGACUUGGGGUCCUCACCAUGGGAGUGUUAGUCCGAGGAGCCAAGAGCUUAGAGAAGCUGCCUAGGAAGUGGCUGGUCGUGGAAGCUGUAUUCAGCAUCCUGGCUGCCGUGGGCUACUGCAUAGGCACCGGCUUCUACCUUCAUGGGGCUCUGCGGAUCAAUGCCACCGAUACCUGCAAAAAGCGGGAGAGGUUGUAUGCCCGCAACGGCCUCACCUGGAUGAACUGUCAGCUGGCGGGCACUGACGGGGCGGCGGCCACCUUUGCUUGUCUUCUGGUGAUCAUGUAUGGAGUCAGUGUCGUGUUGGCCAUCCGGAGUUACAGGCAGCAACAGCAGUACUACCGGGACAGCAGAAAGCAGCAAAGCUCCUAUAAUGGUCCACCAGCAUACUGGAGCUCAGGGACUCUAUGA